CUCCCCUCUCGGCAUCUCUCCCACGCUCCGGCGCCCAGCCUGCAGCUCCCUCCCGGGGCUCGGCUCGAUCCUCUCACCCCCUCACCCCUCUCUCUCCUUCUCUAUCACUCCUCUCUCUCUCCUUCUCUCUCUCUCUCACUCUGUUUGUGAAAACGCACAGAAGCGUGAGAGCCUGUAUACUUGACUCAGGCGGUACUUCCCGUGUGUUUGUCCUCCUGCAGCAGGAGGUGGGCGUGAGGAGCCUCUGACCCGAUCGUGUCUGCAGCUCCGGAGGAGGAGAAGGAGGAGGAGGAGGAGGAGGAGGAGGAAGGGUGGACAUGGAUGGACUGCGUUUACCUCCACUCAUAGAGGAGGCUUUGGACUCUACAGAUGACCCCAGUGAUCUGAAAGCUGACAGCAGCCCCACCACAGAUAACGAGAUAACGGCCAAGGAGCGAGGCGUUCUGGAGGAGAACAACGAGAAGGAGGAGAUGGACCGGGACAGAUCACCGGAGGACAGGGGGGAGGAGAAGAAGCUGAAGGAAGAGGAGGAGGAGGGUGAGGAUGAGGAGAAGAGGAUGAUGGAGCAGGAGGUGCUGACGGAGGAGCAGGAGCUGGAGGAGCUGAAGGCCCAGGUGCUGCAGCUGCUGCUCGAGCUCGAUGAAGCCAGAGAGACUUCCAACAAGCACCAGGAGAGUUUCCAUGAACUGCAAGGUCUGCUGGAGGACGAGCGUCUGUCCAGCGCACAUCAAGCCGAGGCCUUCACGCGCCAGAUCCAGAAUCUACAAGCCCAGCUGCGCUCUGUGCAGGAGGAGAUGAACAGCCUGGAGGAGGAGAAGGAGAGCGAGCUGGCCGAGGCCCAGGAGGAGCUGCGCGCGGCCCAGGAGGAGGUGCUCCUGCUGCAGCAGACGGCGGAGGAGGCUGCCGCCGAGCGGGAGAACGACAUCGCCUCGCUGCAGGAGGAGCUGUGUCGCCGGCGGGCAGAGCUGGAGCGUCUCACCGAGGAGACCCAGGAGUACGAGCUGGAGAUCACCACGCUGAGGGCAGAGAUCAGCAUGAAGAGCCAGCGCAGGGAGGCCGAGAGGAGAGAGGGUGACGUGGACCUGCUGAAGGAGGAGUGCCGCAUGCUGAGGGAGGAGUGUCAGACCCUGAAGGAGGACAACAGACGUCUCUCUGAGAGGCUGCAGCUGCUGCAGAGACAGAGGACAUGCUCCAGCGUCUACCUGUCACUGAAAGAGGAAGACACGGUGGAGGGCACAGAGGUCGGGGAGACGAAGGUGACCUCCGAUGAGGUGAUGACAGAAACCUACAUGACCAUGGCUCAGUCUGAGAACUGUCACCUGGUGGACGCCUCCAUCCAGAAGAACAUCUCGUUUGACGGGAAGCCGGUGACGCCCACGAGCUGGAACGGAGGCAUCGGUGAGAUCCUGUCUCUGAGAGACCAGCUGAAGCAGGCCGAGGAGAAGGCCUUCAAGGUGCAGAGGGAGUGUGAUGGUUUGAAGAUGGAGCUGAAGCAGCUGCAGAUUCUGUACGACAGCAGUCAGAGAGAGAGGGCGGAGCUGGAGGAGGAGCUGCAGCGCUGCAAGGCAGAGCUGGAGAAGCUGUCAGGGGGGGCUCAGGGGAGUGAGGUAGGUUGGAACUCCAUAGUGACUCUUACUGCAGCCUCAGCACUGAUGUUAGCCGUGGCUAGCUUCCUGAGAGCCUUCGUCCGAUGUUGACUGGAUGGGAAACAGCUGUACGCAGGUGGACGUCUGCUUCAGACCAGCCUUCUGUCUCUCCCGCCACAUCUAUAGACUCAACCGAAGUUAUUUAAAUGUGACAACCAACGACAGUGUGGUAGAAAAAAAAUGUGUGAAUGGGUUGUUUUGGGUCUGAUGAGACGACACCACAGGUACACAUAGACUGAGAAUGAAGCAGACAGAACGCAUUGGAGACAAUGAGCUGACCUUCAGCCCUCGAGUUAUUAUGUUUAAUAAAUGUAAGCUAGUGAUGUGUCGUCUGUCUUCUGGGUCAAUAAAUAUGAUCUUUUCUUAUUUUAACAAUGUGACACAAUGAAGGUCUUACUUGUUAAUGCUCAGUAAAUGGGUUUAAUUUAAUUUAGCCAUUAUUUAUUUAUUAAAUGUGUUGAACUUUUGCUUGAUAAUAAUGACAGACGUUCAGGCUGGACUUUCAGUUUAUUGAAAAUAAACCCAGAGAAUGAGCUCUUAUCAGAAACUUACCUCAGAUUGAGAAAUUCACAAACAGGUUUUACUCGACCCUUUCAUUGGAUUUCUAUUCAUUUGAUUUUUCAUUAAUAUUUAAGACGUACAGGUAUCUGAAUCCCUGCCAAUCCGUGCUGCAAUGUAACCUCUGAAAUUAAAGCCAGCUCCUCUUCAUGUGCAGGACUGCUUCUGUUUUCUAACUUGCCUUCUCCUAGUGUCUUCAGUCUUUGUGUAAAAGCUAUAUUUAACUAAUUUGGGAGGAAAUAUUUGACUCAGUUGAGCUCUGUUGUCAUCUUUUUUUACAUUUCAGCUUCAGAUUUUUAUCUCCCCCCCCCCAAAUGAAUGUAUGAAAAGGUUCUUGAGCUUUCUAAUGGUACACGGUUUGAACGGGCUGUCAGUUUUAUUUGUAAAAAAAAAAAAGGCAUUUACAGAUGAAAUCAUUAAACCAGAUUUAUAAUCAUGGUUCAAAAUAUGUAAAUAGGAAGGUGACAGAAAAAAAAAACAAGUUGAAGCAUUAAUUACAAACAUUUUAUGUAUUGGAGGAAUCUGUUUACAUUUGUGAAAUGUUAUUUUUUGUGACAAUCUUUUAGAGCUAAACAAGCAUGCUAGAAGACAUGUAGAAGUACAAUUUUUAUGUUGGUUUUUGUGCUCCUUUGUAUUCCGUGUAAAUAGACGUGACAAAUGGGAGAGGUAAUGUUCUUCGAUCCAUUUGUACUAGCUUUGUAGAAAGUUUGUUCUAUUUUGAGAUAGCGUUGUAUAUUUGAUAGCCAAAUUCUAAGCCAUGUUUAUUCAUGGGGACAUUAUUCAGAGGAGUUUUAAGCAUUUCAAUCCAUUUUUCCAGAUCCCCACCCCAUGUUCAAACGUGGUGCAGCCACUGCAUACAUUGAAACUCUCACGGACACUAGUUGCUGCCGGAAAGCACAAAAUAACCAGUUUUUCCGCUUUGUUGAGUUUUAAAAAAUGAACCGAAAUUUUUCUCCCAGACAUUUAUCACUCAGCAGAAACUUAGCAGGCUUUCCACGUAUGAGCGGCAGCUUCCAGGGCGUGCCACAGGACUACAAAUGUCACAGCUCGAUCAAGUCCCAACAGAAAGGGGAGUCCUAUUAAAUAUUGUACAACUAAAGACGUCUCAUGUUUAAUUCUUAAUUUAUUUUACGAGUAGAGUUUUCAGAAGCCUCUAUGUUGCACGUGUUUUAAAACUUGCUGCUUUACCUGUUAAUCGCAUUGUUGUUUUCAAUAUAUUUGUGACUAUUUUGUUACCCGGAGGUCUAUUUUGCACUGCAAAUGACUUGAGGAAAUAAAUAUACGCAAUCUCCA